UCAGCGGUGGUGGCGACGGAGGCGAAUGAUGCCGCACUUGGUGAUGGUGAUGGUCAUGUAGAUCAUCUUCUUUGGCAUGCUCAGGCGGCACGGGAUCAGGGCGCUCAGCUUGUUGGCCUCCUCCUUUAAAUUGAGUGCCUCUCGACGAAGGGCGUCGUUGUUGGCCGUCUCGGCCUUCGCCAGGUCCCGCAGUCGACUGUUGUAGUCGCCCAUAAGCCUCUUGAUCUUACGCAUUACCUGCUGCCACUUGAACUUGUUGCUCUUCUUGAUGUACGACAUUGUGUGCUUCUUGGAAUGCAGCAGGCUGCGACACGCCACGGCCAUGAACCGGCGGCUGAAUUGGAGAUUGAGGUACCCGCUGUCCUUGCUGUCGGCCAAAAAGAUGCGUCCAAUAAAUGUGGCCGGAUCCACAUACUCUUUGGACUGCUCGACGUCCAGCCACGGGUCAACAUCCAUGGUGCUGUUGUCGCUGGUCUCGUGGCCGGGGUAGUACAGCUUGAUGACCAGCUGUUUCUUCUGUGUCGUUGUCAGGGGUUCGAAGAGCCGCUUGGGGUCCGGAUCGCUGAGGAAAGCGUCCUCCGCCUCGACAGCCUUGGAAGCUACCUUUGGAAACCCAAUCACGUGCUCGUCAUCGGCCGGCCCCACAAACUCGUCCAUGGUCUCGGAUGGGGUCGACGAUUCAACGCAUGAGCUCACACUACCAUAGGAUUUCACGCUGAGGGGCUCCCCGUCAUCGUCCGACUCCAACUGAGGGGCCCAGAAUCCAUCGUCGCCCUUAAUAGACACCUCAUCAUUCACACUUCGCAUGUCAUCCUCCACGUGCAGAGACGGCACAGGGGCAUUCUUGGCAGCGUCGAGGAGACGCUCGACGUCCUCAAAGUGCAUCUCAAAGCCGAGUGAGACGCGGCCGUACCACAGCGACUUCACGUCCAGCACGGCAUGCUGCUCGGGCGUCAGCUUCGUAUGAAGCUCGAACUCAUGCACGUCCUCGUGAAUAGUGGAAUCCAGCCACUGCUCCAGCUCGUGACAGAACUGUCGGUCAGUCAUCUUCUUUCGUAGCUCCCGUGGAGAGGGCGCCCCCUCCAGGAAGUCCAGGUGGUGAAAGUAGAGGAUUCCACGCCCCUGGCUCUCUGAAGGGCCGAUCGACGCCUUGCACUUGCCGCUGACACCAGGCCGGAGGUCCAAAGGGCGCCGCAAUAGACACGCAAGGAAUGCCCGCACGCAGAUGUUGAACAUCUCUGCAGCCGCCGCGGGGUUGCGAGCCGCCAUCUGGCGGCAGCGCUGGAUGUGCUUGUUAAGAGGUGGACACUCGUUCAAGUCAAACACCUGCUCCUUGCUGAGCACGCCCAACUGCAAGCGAAGCGUGCUCUCGAGGUCGUAGAAGUUUCGAGUCGAGAAGAGCACCGGCAGACCGAAUCGUACAAUGUAAUAGAGGAUCUGCUGGCGGGCGUACUCUUUGGCACCUGACGAGCCCGGGACCCCACACAAGACCGUCUUCACCUGUCAAGCCAACCAUACAGAAUACAGACAGUUCUCAGAUAAAUGCUAAGUUUCGUUUUUCAAGCUUCUCACGUUGGCCAUCUAUUUUUGAAAGUCCGCGUCUUUCAAAGCGUAGGGCAGGUUGAUCGUCGCCAAUUGCUGCGCUCGCUCCAUCCAUUCCUCCAGACUGGCAGGAUGAAUGUGCGAAAGCAGGCCACGCCGUGCCGGCUGUCGGAUAUAUAGAGAGGCCGCUCGAUUGAUCUCCUGCCGCUGGAGCAUGUUAAAGACCAGAAACUUGAAUACCUUGUGCUCGCGCACGUCAGGGUCCCACUGCUGUAUCAGCCACUUUGCAUGCUGCCUGAGAAACACGCGCUGGCUGCCCUUGCGGUGCCCCCCUCCUGGCGCACCCUGGCCGAACGGAAACAAGUCAGGAAAGCAGUCGACAAAGAAGUGGGGGUUGUUGUACUCGCUGAGGAGGCCGUCGAUAUGGUAGUUAGCAGGAAUGAACAGAUUUCUUUUUUUCCCCGUAUCCACAGAUAUUUCGGUAGUAUGAGCCAACCAAACUGCCAAAAUCGUCUCUCUUUAUCCACCUUCACACCUAGCGAUGUCGCCGUGAAUUCAUCGCGCCGUGCUGUCUUUGAGGCUGGCAGCGGCUUGUCACUGACAAUGCUCGACGCGUCGUUCAUCAAGCAGUCAUCGCCGUCCUCUUCCUGCUCUCGACACCCCCCAAAGUGUGUGAACUCCUGCAUGGCGCGGCGAGUCCGCUCCGAUGGCGCCAGGUCGUCGCCCUUAUUGAAGAUCAUCCCAGAGGUGGUAACACAGACCUCCUCGCGAUCCUCCAUCGACACAUCGUACAUGUCUCUGUGUCGCCGAUUGAUGGUGUCGUCCUGCGAGGUUCUCCUCGAAGAGGUCCGACUCUGCUGCAAACUCCAACCACGGCCUGGGCACCUCUCUAUGUGAGGCCGCAUCCCCACCAGAUGCCGACAACUGUGGCAGCUUGAUCACGCGCUUGGGGUCGACCCACACCUCGUCCUCAGCAUACCGAUAGCAAUUCCCUUGCAGAAACUCCAUCAGCGGCGUUAUUGUGCUGCCGUCAACACCCAGCAUGUGCCGGGCGUGUCUCUUGAUGAAGUUGGAGUCCGCCUUCUCGUUCGGGCGUAUAUAGACGAUACGCAUAUAGCGACUCAUCUGAUGAACGUCACGGGGCAGGAUUGUCUGAAUCUCGUGAUGCAGCCGAUCGAUGUCUUGCGGGACAACGAACACGGUCCCAAACACAGCCAACUGGCGGUCUGCAUCCAAGACAACACCACUACCGUCCCCCGCCGGGUACAGCUUGUAGAUGCAGUGAAAGAGGAUAGCCUUCAACACCAACAGCAGCUCACCUUCGGUCCGCUCGGUCACGAUCUUGACCUCUUUGCAGUCCAUCGGGCCGCGCCACAGACCGUUAGCCAAACUGAGCCGCGGGCACAUCUUCACUGUCGGCCGCGUCAAGUGGCGCAUGCAUUGGAUGCAGAUGGUAACCGUUUCGUCCUCCCACCGGAUGGCGGCCAGUUGCAGUGGCGUCCCGUCGAACUUGGCCAUCACCGGGUGCUCGGGAUACCGUUCGGAGUAGGUGAGCGCCCUCACACACAGCGCGUCUUGAGGAUUUGCCGGGUUGGGACGGUCGUCAUCGCGGAACUGCAGAAGGUGCGCAAUGUUGGUGAGCGCCUGCAGAUCGAUGCGAAUGACUUUGUCGGAUGAAAUCUCAUUCAGCGUAUCCGGUAUGAACUGGGCCCGGUCACGACGCUUCUUCUCACACUGAGCAGCCACAGUAGCUUCCAGCCUGAGGCGCUUAUAGCGCUGCCACUGCUGCUCGGCGUCGUUAAUGCACCGGUGCAUAUCCGCCUCGCCCAAAGAUUUGCCCCUCUCGCUGAAGGUGCAGCGGAAGGCGCGACCGCACACCACACAGGGGUGCUUGACGUGGCGGUAGUGGGCGGUGACUUCAGCGUACUUGUUGGCACAUCUAUACAGCACCACACAGGAAGUAACACAAUCUCCUUCUUUCCACCACACCAGCAGUUCCUCACUGAGUGAAUACUCACAUGCAGGCGUUGUCGUGGGCGUACACCCAUGGUGGGAACUGAGCAUCUUCAUCGCUCUGUGCCGCCUGCACAGUGUCGCGACUUCUCGCGGAGGGCUCAGAGGGAGAGAGCCCGAGCGUAGUAGCUCCCCACACCUCACCACCUUGCAUCCCCUUCCCGACCUCCGGUUCCAGCCCUGCAUCCCAGAAUACGCCCUUGUCCCACAGAAAAGACCCCCAUGGGAAGCGGUCGAUGAACUCCUGACGCACCUGUUGUUCUCCUUCAUCUGCGCCUGCUGGUGUGCUGAGGUGCUGCUGUUCCUCUCGCUGGUGCGCAGUGUGUCGAUUCUUUCCGACAAUUGUGCCGUCAGACGUUACCCACAU